AAGACCCAUUACCAACAAAGAGUUCUAUUAAAUUCAAAGCUUUAAAGGGGGAACUGUGAAAUAUUAAAACCCGAAGUGUCUGCCAAACUCUGCAAUGGCGCCCAGAAGAUACACCACUGUGACUUUGUUCUGCCUUGCUUUUGCUGUCUUGUGCCUCUACGCCAACUUCCAGCUGACGAAUAACAGAAUGGAACUCCCGCCGCCGGUGAGGGAAUUCCUGCAGGACCAGAACCUCCUGCAGGGCGACACUCUACAGGGCUUCAUGCCGACCCAGCGCGGAGGAGUGGAGAGCCUCCAGGCGCUCCUCGAGGGCGUGAACCACGACGGCGGCGCUGACGAAGAACAGGUCGAAAAGGAACUGAAGGAACUGGACCUCGAAGGCGAAGAGAUGCCGCCGCUGCCCUUGGAGGAGGACCUCGCGGAAGCCGAUGCCGAAGGAGCUGGCGUAGAGCCGACGGCCAGGAACGUCACGGCCCGCGACGCUCGGCUGCUCAUCGUCAGCGCCGUUCCGCCGUUCCGGGCGCGCGUCACGUCGUCCCUCGUCAAAAGCAUGGCGAUCGCAACGGCUUCCGAGUGCUGAUGCCCCUCCUCAAGAUGCAGCCGAAGAUGGGUACGUACCAGCGAGAUGCCCUCACCAAGUACAUCACGAACGCGGCAGAACAAGAACCGGUGGCCUUCGUUAGGGACAUGUACUUCUUCGAUGUG